CGCUUAGUUACACUUGACGUCGCUCAAUGAUUAAUUAUUUGAAGGUAGAUUUCUCAAAUAAAAUGAAUUUGACGAUUUAAAAUAUGGGCUGUAAAUUGUGCACAUGCACUAAGCCUAACGAAGAAGAUAGGUUGGAAAAUGACCGGCCAAAGAAGCGCACCACAAUCUCAAACAGAUUUAAGUGGCAACUUUUUGGUAGGAAGAAAGACGCCACUGUUGACGCCCACCCAACUUCCGGAGUGGCCGUCGUUGAAGUAAAUGUAACAUCAGAAACACAAGUAGAAGAUGAGAAUCAUGAGGUCAUUGUUACUGCAGAUAUUACAACGCCUAUUGAUGUCCAGAUCAACAAAGCUGCUUCACAGGAAAUUCUUCUUGACGAGAGCAAGGCCAAGCCCCAAGUUGUACUCCCACAAGAUGCCAAGAUUGUUCCCGUGACCACUUCUAAGAAAACCAUAAAUGCGUCAGCACCGACUUCUGAAAAGACCGAGAUAGUACCAGCGACGACUUCACAUGUGGGGACCGAAGUUAAGACCGAAGUGAUGUCCGUAACGAAUCUUUCAAAGAAGACCAAUGUGGUAUCAGCAAUGACAACUUCUGUAUCGGCAACUUCAAUAAGACCUUCACCAACUGAUUGCAACAAAGAAUUACUUUGUGUUGAUGAAAUUGACAACACCAGGCAGUCAUCAAUUCCAAUAAACCUCGAAGAAAAUACAUCAGAACAUGGUUAUUCAAGCCUGAGAGAAGCAAUAAGCAUUAUAUCAAGGGAAAAACCUCUAACACAGACAACUGUGUUUAAGGAAACCGGGAAAUUACCAGUAAAAUCAAGCUCGAAGGACUCUAGGACGGACUCAAGCUCUUUUGCAGCCGAGAAUGACAAAAUGCUACCAGUUAUAAAGUCAACUGAUGAAAACAAAUUAUCACAAAUAUCAUUAAAAACCGAUGAAUCAAAAUCUACAACAGUUUGUUUACUAAACAAGAAAGCUACAUUAGUAUCAUCUGCUACCAUAUCUUGUAAUGAAAAUACAUUACCUGACAUAAGUUCACCUCAUAAAUCCCUUACUUGUACUGAGAAAACAGAAGGCUCGUCAACCAAGCAAACACCAGUGUCAGUCGAGCAUAAACAUAAAGAAAUGAUACAAACAAUUGAAUUAGCGGCAAAUGACAAUUUGACACCAGCCCUUAAUAUUAUCGGGAGCAAAGUCAAACCUACUGCAAAGACAACCAUAGCACCAGACACGAAAGUAUUUCAUGCACCAAAUCAGAUAAAGGAAAUUGGAUCAACGCCAGCGAUUUUCAUAACAGAUAAAACACAGGAAUUACCAAUUUCUUCUCCAGAGGAAAGACAAACAGGAGACAUCGAUAUCAAAGAGAAGAACAGAAUAUAUCCAAUAUCUUCUACUGAUGGUAAAACGAAGCAAAUGAAUGACACUACGAAAAUAACAUGCUUGCCUGUUCCUGGUACAUGUACUACAAGAGAACCAAAACUGACAGCUAACACUGCCAUUGCCGAGAAAACUAAAACGUUACCAGUGUCUACCUCUUUCAUUGAAACGGAAGCAGAAUUGAAGACUAACACGUCAGAUCCAAAUAGGCCAUUAUCCGUCACAAAAGACAGACAAUUAUCAAACGUAAAUAAUGAUCAAGUUUUAUCUCAAAACAAAUCUAGCUCGGACGCGACUUCAUCUGUUUCAAAAUCUGAAAAAUGCACAAAGGAAAGGCCAGACGAUACAUAUAAAGAUAGUUCGCAGAAAAAGAAGCAAAUAUCUGAUACAGAAAAUAAAUGUAAAAGUAUUCAUUCUAAUCCGUCUAAAACAAAAAAUGAGGUCCGUGAACCUUUCAGAAAACUUGCAAUUACCUUGAAAUGUGCCGAGUCAUUGGAAGAUGAUAGUAAUCAGUUGAAGACAAACAGUGAAUGUUCAUCUACAGCUGCUAAACCUCUGCCUCAAAGUUCAUCCAGAUCGCAAAGUUUACCAACGGUUUCUGCUUUAAAGAAAAUGAAAGUUAGUGAUUUUGCUGUACCGAAACGUCAUCCUGCAUCACCCAUGACGUCCUUGCAUUUAAAACCUGACGCCAAACACUUGUUUGCUAUUCCUGCUAUAGCAAAAGCUGAUAUCAAAGAUGAAUCACAGAUCAAAUGGACACAGAAAGAAUCGAGCAGUCCAAAAGCCCAGAUGCCUUGGAUGUCAAGAAGGCAAAUGUUUGAUGUUACAUUUCCGCCACUAGGAAAAUCACUUUUGGAACGGUUUGGGACAAUCAAUCGUAUGCAGGCUUAUCGGUAUGUUCCACAGACAAAAAGCAUAGAAGUGCUGAAACUAGAGCACAAUCGCUUCCCUGGACUAAAAUUAAAAGCAAGUGACAUAGUGAAAUAUCCUAGGGUAUUAAAUCUAGCACCAUCACAAACUAGUCAUACAGGCCGCAGGUCUCACUCUUGAGAUACAGAAAGAACCUGAACUUCCUGCCGUACCAUCUGAAACACUUGAUAAACUUCAAAUUGUAUAAAUCAUAAAAAUGAUAAAAUUUGGGUUUUUUUAGACACAUAAUAUACUUGUGACAUAAAAAUAUUUUAAAUUAAGUUGAAAAUGUUGUACAUCAAAGUACCCCGGUAUAGGUUAUACUUUGACAUAAACAUAAAAAAAAAUGUUAAAUUGUUAUGUUUAUUCUACUGUAAUAUAUAUUUGCUUGUAUGCAUGUUUAUAUAAAAUAUUUGAAUAAAUUAAAUUAUCUUAGAAAAUAACCUGUAAGUUCAUAUAUUUAUUACACCAUCACGUUCUUCAUGUCUGUCAUCAAGGGUUGCCAUCAGCAAAAUAUUGAAAAGUUCUUAUUACUUUGAUGAAAAUAGAAAUAAAUAAUUAACUUUAUAUGUAAAACAUUAUCAAAGGAUCUAGUAUUCAGUACAAUAAACAACAAGAUGUCUAAUUAUGUUUUCUCUUUUCACAAUUUUUUAUUUUUAUCUGCCUAAACAAUAACAUAAAUAUUAUAACAUGACAGCACCACAUUCAGUGGUUUCAUAUUGAACCUUUUACAUUCAAACCUGUGGUAAAGACACCACUGUUUAAAAGACCACCGCCUAAU